AUGUCAAACACCGUUGUUCUUAACUUAGAUUAUACUUUUGUCAUUGAUCCAAAAUAUAAUAAUAAUGAAAUUAUUACUUGUUAUGAAACUCAUAAUGGUAUUUGGAGACAAUACACUAGUAAAUCCACAUCAUCAUCAUCAUCAUCAUCUAGUACUGGUUACAAGAUGAUUGAUAAUUUAUAUCCGUUACAACAAAUUGCUGAAACUAUUAAUAAUAAUUCUAAUUCUAAUUGUAAUUCUGUUACAGUUUUAGAUCCAUCAAUUAAUAAUCCAUUAAUUACAGUAUCUAUUAAUGGUGAUGAAAAAUUUGUUAAUGAUGCUAGACAUCAAAUAUUAAUUAAUUAUAAUCGAGUUGGUUAUAAAACUUUAACAUUAAUUGAAAUUGAAUUUAUGAAUAUUAAUGAAACUUUUACUGAUGAAAUGAUGAAAUUAUGUCAACGUUAUGAAGUUGAAAUUAUUAUUAAUAAUGAAAUUAAUUCAUUUAAUAAACCAUCAUUAUCUCAAAAACUUGAUGUUGAAAGAGAACAACAACAACAACAACAACUUUAUUCAAUUCAUAUUGUUGGUAAAUUAGAUAAUAUUACUUUUUGUGAAACUGCCAUGAGAAUUUUAAUUGAUUCUAUUUUAAAUGGAUAUACUAUUGAUUGUAUUGAUAUGGAAUUAUCCAUGAUUCCUAUACUUGGUGGGAUUGAUUUAUUCAAUUUCCAUCAAAUUGCAAAACAAACAAAAGCUAAUAUUUAUGUUCCUGAUUUAUUACCAAAUUUAUUUAAUUCUAAAAUUGUUACCAACAACAAAGAUUUAAAAAUUUGGAUUACUGCUAAAAAUAUUACAGAAUUAUUAUUAACAAAAUUUAUUUUAAAUAAAUUAAUUCAAAAUAAUCAUAAUCAUUUAAUUACUGAAAAAAUCAUUAUGAAUAAAGAUAAACUUGAUUUAAUGAUUUUAAAUAAUCAAAAAAAUUUAUUAAAUAUUAUGUUUAAAUAUGGAGUUUUCAUUCAAUUACCAAAUUUAGGUGAAUUAAAUAAUUCUACGGUUAUGGUUCAAGGUGGUAAUAAAGAAUCAGUUGAUGAUUGUAUUAGUGAUAUUAAUGGUAUUGCUACUAAUUAUUAUACUGUUGAUGCAAUUAUCCCCAAUAUUGUCAAUGAAUUAGGUUUAGUCCAAUUAAUACAACGCAAGAAAACUUGUAAUGCUGUUAUGAAUCAAUAUGGAUUACAAAUCAAUGGACAUUGUGAUGAAAUUAAAUUGAUAUUGAAGAAUUUAGUAGCCAAUGGUAAUAAGGGCAAUAUUUGUCUGGCAAUUAAAUUAAGAUUAGAAUUAGGAAAUGAUCAACGGGAUUUUAUUAGUGGUAAAAAAAAUGGUAAAUUGAUUAAAAUUUUAAAUCAAUUACAAAAUAUCCCUAAAAUUAAUUUCCAAAAUUUCAAUCAAUAUAAUUUUUAUAUUGAUAUUGAAUUAACUUGUCAAACCAUAUUAAUUUUGAAAACUUUAGAAUUAUUGGAAUUGGAAUUACCUCUGGAAUUAAAAUUUAAUAUUCCUGAAGUUUUCCAUAAAUCAAUUAUUGGUAAUGGAGGUUCAAUAAUUCAAUCAAUUAUGAAAAAAUAUAAUGUUUUCAUUAAAUUUUCUACCAUAAAGACUUGUUCAAGUAAUGUUUAUUCAUUGAAAAGAAUUAAUAAUGUUUUAAUUAAAUGUCCUCGUAAAAAUUCUAAAAAUAUUAAAUUGGUGAAAUAUGAAAUUGAUCAAUUAGUUUAUAAAUGUUGUAUGAAUGAUUGUUCAAUAAAUCCAAUUACUCCAAUCACCACUGUUUAUCAUUCAAUUAAAUUUCAAUUAUUGAAAAGUCAUUAUCUUAUGCUUAUUAAUAAUAAUAAAUUGGGUCAAAUUAAUAAACUUGAAAAUGAUUAUCAAUCAUUUAUAAAUUUCCCAACUUCAAUUGAAGAUUUUAACCCAACUGAUAAUAAAUUAUUAAUUGAUAUAAAAGGGUCAGAAUCUAAAAUUAAACAUUGUGCUAAACAAUUGAAAAAAAUUUUACCUAAUAAUUAUGAAUUUAAAGUGACUUUUAAUCCAACAAAAUUUCAUGAUAUUUUUAUGAUUAAUAAACAAAUUUUUGAAAAUCAAAUUGUUAUUCCAUUUAAAAUUUUAUUAGGUAUUGAAAUCAUUGCUAAUGAAACUCCAAUUGAAUCAUCAAAUGUCGACAUUGAUAAUGAUAGGGUUGAACCAUAUCAUCAAUUUAUUUUAUCUUAUUUUAAUGAAAAUGAAAAUGAAAAGGAAAGCCAAAGUAAUUUAGAUAAGGCAAUUGUUUCAUUAACAUUAUUUUUAAGAGAACAAGGAUUUUUAAUUAAUGAAAAAAGAUCAAUGGAAUUCAAUCCAUUAAUUGAACCUGUGGUAUCUACUUCACCAGUUAAAUUACAACAAUCAUUAUUUAAUCCAAUUUCUCCAUUACCUUUACAAUCAAUUACUAAUUUUAUUGAUAUGAGAGCAACACCAACAACAACAAAAGGAGUAGUAUCUCCUCAUAAAAAUUCAACUCAAUUACAACUGCCAGUUAAAUUACAAUUUCUGCCAGGAAAAAACAAUAACAACAAUUAUCACCAAAGCCGUCAUCAAAGACAUCAAUCACUUUGUCUGCCAGUCAAACAACAACCAUAUUACCUGCCAACAAAACAACAAUUUCUGCCAUCCAAAAUGCAGCAAUACCAAUAUCAACAACAACAAUAUCAAUAUCAAUAUCAAUAUCAACAUCUGCCAAUCAAACAAUAUAGUCCUAUAAAACAACCAAAUUUUCAACAAUUCUAUAUUCCAUCUCCAACUGAAACACUUGUUCCAACUACACCUACAACAAGUACAAGUACAAGUACUACAAAUACAAUGACUCCUUAUAUUUAUAGUAUUUAG